AUGGCAUUACUAGAGGUGAUACAACGGAAAUUGGUCCGGACCGGAUCAUUGAACAAAUUAACAAGAAUCUUACCCAGAGUAUCAUUUUUUAUGACGAUUUCUGCCGUUAUUUUCUUACUACAAUUAGCAUUGGAUGGCCAAUAUAGACAUACAUAUAUUAGUGAAAAUGCAAUGAUGCCAGGACAAGCACAUACAUUUUUCAGGGAGAGUGAAUGGAAUUUUGUGAGAGGAUACAGGAAUGAAGUUGUUAACAUGAUGAACUAUUCUUUGAACGAGAAGACCAAAGCUGUUGAGGAGUUACUAAUUAGUAUGGGGUAUAAAACGAAUAUUCUUGAAUAUACUGAUCCAUCUACAGGUGAAGUAAAACCUACACUCUAUGCUAUAUACCACGUUCCUAAAGGUGACGAUACCGAGGCGAUGGUUUUGGCGACCCCUUGGAACGCAACGGAUGGUCGACUAAAUGUUGGUGCAUUGUCAUUAACUCUAGGAUUGGCUAGAUACUUUCGCAGGAUGUCUAUCUGGGCAAAGAAUAUUAUUAUUGUUUUUCCACAAGAUGGCGGUGAUGCCCUAAGACAUUGGGUGGAUGCAUACCAUACAUCGUUAGAGAACACAGCUGGCUCGAUUGAAUCAGCUAUCGUCUUGGAUAAUCCAUCAUCAAGGGACCAUAUAGGGUAUAUCGAGCUGGAGUAUGCUGGAGUUAAUGGCCAAUUGCCAAAUUUGGAUUAUGUGAAUACUAUAGUCCAAGUUGCAGAAAAUGAAGGGAUAAAAGUAAGCUUGAACCAUACGCCUUUUGGCCAAUUAUGGACGAACGACUUUUAUUCUCGAGUUGUUGCCUUGAUUGGCGGUAUAUUUGAUAUUGCAGGCUCCGGCAUAAAAGACUUUGGUAAUGCACAAGCCUUCAGUGGAUGGAAUAUUCAAGCUGUCACUUUAAGAGCCAAAGAAGGAGAUAGAAACGACAUAACAUCCUUAGGACGUAUCGUUGAAAGUACGUUUAGAAGUGUAAAUAAUUUACUUGAAAAAUUUCAUCAGAGUUACUUCUUUUAUUUACUAUUGGGGCCUAAGACAUUUGUUUCUAUCGGAAUGUAUUUACCUGCCGGUGCUUUGACAGCAGCAUCAUUUUUAGUUGCAUCUCUAAAUGCUUGGAUAAGUGGUAACAACACAUCAAUUGAUGUUACUUCCAAUCUUAAGAAAUCAUUAUCUUUCAAGACCUCACAAUUAAUAUAUGCAAUUUUGACAAUUGUUAUUCUAAUCUUCUCAUUUGCAAUCUAUGCUUACAAGACUACAAUAUGCCAGAAUCCUGAAGAUUUAGUUUAUAGAUAUUUUGUUAUACCGUUUUUCAUUGUAUCAUUGCUACCAUUGCUACCAAUAAGGGUUAGAAUCAGUUCGGAUUUCUCACGUGCUUUGAGUAUGGGGGCAUUGUUUUAUAUGGGAUAUAUGCUAGUUGGACUUAUGAUUCUGAAUUUUCCAUUAUCCUUAAUUCUCGGCAUAAUAACAUCACCAUUGAACUUUGUCAAAUAUUCUGAGAAGAUGGGAUGGAGAAGGAAAUUGAUGAAUACUACCUUUUUAAUUACUAGUUGCCCUAGUGUUUGGUUGAUUAUUUUUGGAGUUUUACAACAUACACACUUUCCACUCGAUGAUGUUCGUAAUUUAUUUCAAUACUUCGAAUAUCCGUUAUUGCAAACGGAAAUUCAAAAAGUCUUAGAUUUCAUUGAAAGUGUCAGUCUAUCAUUUUGGAUGGAAGGCCCCGUUGAGCUUUUUGUUGGAUUGACUCAAGCCUACAAAAGAGUUCAGUGUUGGACAUGGUAUUAUACUUGCCUGACGUGGUUUCCUGUUUGGACAUGUCUUGCUAUUGUGGGCUCAUUCGAUGUUUAUCCCGAUACAGUUAACGUGGAAAUGGACAGAAUCAAAAAAGACCAGUAA